AGUGGAGAUUCAGUCGGGUCUGUUGGAGGUCGUCUCUCCGUCCGUCCACUUCUACCCUGACUUCUCCCGACUCAGAGUCCUUCGGAGACCCAAAGGAGAGAGUGAGGUGGAGGACGAAGCAGAACCUGGACUACUGUUUCCUGAUGAUGUACGCUCAGACUAAAGGAACUUACUACGUCCAGCUAGAGGACGACAUAGUCGCUCGUCCCAACUACUUCACCACCAUGAAGAACUUUGCGUUGCAGCAGCCGUCGGAGGAGUGGAUGAUCCUGGAGUUUUCUCAGCUCGGCUUCAUCGGAAAGAUGUUCAAGUCGUUGGACCUGUCGCUCAUCGUCGAGUUCAUGCUCAUGUUCUACAAAGACAAGCCCAUCGACUGGCUGCUGGACCACAUCAUGUGGGUCAAAGUGUGCAACCCAGAGAAGGACGCGAAACACUGCGACCGACAGAAAGCGAACCUGAGGAUCCGCUUCAAGCCGUCGCUCUUCCAACACGUCGGCACGCACUCGUCUCUGGCUGGGAAAAUACAGAAGCUCAAGGAUAAGGACUUCGGGAAACAGACCCUGCACAAGGGUCACGCCAACCCACUGGCAGAGGUGACGACCAGCCUGAAGACCUACCAGCACUUCACCCUGGAGAAGGCCUACCUGGGGGAGGACUUCUUCUGGGCCUUCACACCUGUUGCGGGCGAUUUCAUACGGAUACGAUUCUUCACACCUGUCCGCAUAGAGAGGUUUUUCUUUCGAAGCGCAAACAUCGAACAUCCAGGAGACAAAGUCUUCAACACAUCGGUGGACGUAACUCCUUUCCAGAAUAUUCAGGCAGACAAAGAGGCCUUGACAGACGGGAGGGAGAAAACGCCAAAGUAUCACCGGACAGAAGACGGAUUUAUCAGAAUAGGAACGUUCCAGAAUGGGAUUGCAGAGGGGGAGGUGGACCCCACGUUCGGGCCCCUGGAGGCCAUGCGUCUCUCUGUGUUGACGGACUCUCCGGUCUGGGUGAUCCUCAGCGAGAUCUUUAUAAAGAAAGCAGAGUGAAGCCCCCCCCCCUCUGUGAUACCUCAGAACCUCCAUGUUCAGAUGAACUGAGACUCGUCAGCUGACGUCCUGCACGCCGGAUCCCCACCACGGGGCCACAGCGCCGCCGUCUGGCCACACCUCAUCAUCGCAGGGCUGAACAGACCAGAGACUGAAAACAAAGAAAACACACAGACAGGCUGACGAUGAUGAAGAUGAUGAUGAUGAUGAUGAUGAUGAUGAUGAUGAUGAUGAUGAUGAUGAUGAUGAUGAUGAUGAUGAUGAUGAUGAUG